UGAAAUGUCACUAGCUUAUAGAAAUCAAUUGUCCCAGCUUUGUUCCCUCACUAAAGAAAUACUUCUUCCUAGCCCCUUCUCUUUUCUAAUAGAAGAUUAUGAUAAUUUGAAAACCCAAUCUCUCGAAUCUACUCAGGCUUUAAUUAAUGAAAUAGACCUUACCUCCCAAGAGAUUACCAAAAUCCUAAAUGACUUUAAAAUGGCCCAUAAUUCAUGGCAAGAUUUAAGAAUUUCAAUGUCAGAAACUGAAAGGGCAGCCGAUAGCCAAAUCCUAGAGAAAUUCCUUCAAGAAACAAAUUACAUAAAAGUUAUGUACGACCUUAAACGGUAUCUACGAAAGCUUCGGAAUUCCCGACAUGAAUUAGAAAGUAACUUACCGAAAAUUGAACCCCCAUUGGACCAUUCUCAUCUCCUUCCUGAACUUCCUCUUUUAAACCCUUCCCAGAAUAAGCAAUUCAAUGAAAAUACUCAAACCUCAUUAAAAUCAGUUUAUGCAAAUUCUAUGGAUAAUUCUUAUCGAAACCGGCCACCUAUUCAAUCUAAUUUGUUUUUAAAUCCCCCAGCUAAAGGACAAUUUUCUCUUUCACCCGUUACGCAAGAAGAGGCGCCGACUCUGGCAUAUUCGGCUAAACCCAAGCCAAACAUAUUUUAUUCACCUCCUACUCACACCCGACCUUAUAUUUCUCCAGUUUUUCGAGAUUAUCCGUCUAUUAAUGAACAAGUCCAUUCUCCUCAACAACCAUUAUUCCCCGAGUGCCAUUUUAAUAAAAUCAAUUGUCCAAAUAAUAAAAUGGAAAGAUUUAACCCUCUUGCUAUCCCUCCUGGCUUUUCCCCUAUAAAAGAAAUAAAUGUUGAAAAGAAUCCUAACGAGUUAAACAAUCAGAUAAGUGAAGAUGUUGUAUUGAAUAGAAGAUUUACAAAUGAAAUUAUUAAUAAAAGUCCCAUUAGUCCCCCUCCCGGCUUUACUCCUAUUGAUGAAGUUUGUAUUACUAAAAAUAUUUGUGAAGAAUCUACCCCCUUACAAGAGAUUAUAAAUGAAGAUAAUGAAGUUAGAGCUUAUAAUUAUUCUAAAGAAAUGCCCCUUGUUUUAACUGACAACUUAAUUCCCGAUUUAUCCUCAGAACGUCCCCUUAUAUCUCUUGAAAAUUUACAACAGUCUAUCUUAUAUGUUACUUUUAAUUCUUCAAUUGGAACUACGAAUAUUAAUUCAUCAGAAAAUGAUUAUAUUCCUACAUCAGAAGAGAUAUUGGAAGAAAAUAAACCAUUACCCCCCACUCUUAAUUAUCUGGAAAUUUUUUGCCUAGAAAAAAGAAAAGAAAGCCCAAUGUCUCGUAAAAGACAAAGAAAAAAAUUGCCCAAACAAUUAAACCGAAAAUCAACAAUUAUAAACAAUUCCCAAUCCGAUGUUACUGCCUGUCAAAUACAUCCUAAGACAUUGAAAAUAACCCCUCCGAAUAACCGUAAAUACUUUGUCAUCCCCUCUAAUUUUAAUGUUCCUUUAAAUGAUUUUAAACAAAUCCAUGAAGAGAAUCCUUGCUUUUCCCUACCUUCAUUAAAAAUGCCCCGAAUAAAAGGAAAUGAUAUUCUUACCCCUAAAACCCUGUUUUCUACUUUGUCUAAUCUUGAUUUGUUUGAAAUAAAAUGUGUUCAUCAUUCUGUGAUUAAUUGGAAGGAGAUUCUUUCGAAAAUUAAACAACACGAUACGUUGAUGCAUAUUAUUUAUUAG